GAAUCUAUCUGUAACCCGUCAAUUCAAUCAAGAAAGAAAAAAGAGAGAUGCAGCUUGGCUUUAGAGACACAGAUUGCGAAUUCUGAAGGAAGGUGGCGGUGCCUAGGGGAUUGUGAUGCUCGAACCUGCUACAGCACUGUUUCAGGAGUAUCGUAACUCGUCAGAGAUCCUGUCUCGAUCCGACCUAUCAGCAGCGGGACGGUGGCAAACUUCCCUAUUUCAGUAUGGUGUUGCGAGGCAAUGGAAUGGUGGCGAGGAUUUCUUCAAUGAUGAAAACGUCUUCUUUAUUUUUCUAGGAAUGUGUGAUGUCUACAAUUCGGCCGUAAAAAUAUUCCUCGGUUUUCUACUGAAACCAUUUCCAUUGUCGAGGAAACGGAUACGCCGUGCUGCAUGUUCGCGAGGGAAGAGCCGCUGCUAACUGCCUAAGCCGCAAUAAUACCCCUGACUAUCACACGUGAAUCUUACUUCGGUACAAGGCU